GCAACAGCUUUGGGUGUGGUCCAAUGAAUACCAGUCUAUGCCGUAGGUCUUGGAGCCAUGGCAGCACCACCAGUGGACAAGAAGGGCUUUUUAGAGAAAAGACAGAGAGGACUGAAGCAUCCAAAUACUGACAGAUUGAGGUUUCAGCAGAGGUAUUUUAAACUGGACAAUGAAUAUCUCAGAUACUACAAAGAUAUACCUAGGCCAUCGACGGAGCCUAAAGGGAAGAUCCCGAUUGACAAGAUUAAAAUUAUAGAAGUUGUGGAUAAAUCUGUGUUUCGAAAAGACUACUGCUUUCAGGUUGGAGAUAAACAAGAAGUAAUGUAUCUGGUUUGUUCUUCACUUGAUGACAGAACUGAUUGGAUGAAAGCAUUAGAACAAGCUUGCAAAAACAAGGAAAUGCUCCCAACCUAUCACGAUGGAGUGUAUUCCCGUCAGAAAAUGCAGUGGUCAUGCUGUCGAGAGUCAAAGUUUGCUGAUGGAUGCACCCCUAAAUCUGAACCAUUAACUGGUAUAUAUAUGAGAUCCACCACAUUAUAAUAGCAAUCCAAAUACUUGUGUGUGUUCUUCCAUAGCAACGACUGUGGUUCGAAGAACUAAGGUAAAAGAUGAGAGAGAUUCAAAAAGAAAAAAGAAGGAUUUCAAGUCAGAUUUUGAUAGUGGAUAUGGUAGCAGAAAUAACUCAAUGGAUGGCGAAGGGACUGGAAACUCAGACCAAAGCCAAGGUACAUGGAAGACAAUGGAAUGUUUGAGGAACUUCGUGCCACCAGUUCCUCAAGCAAUAGUGGCUAUGACAUUCAUGACCAAAGAUAUUCUGGCUGUAGCAUUGGACAACUACUCUGUCCAGAUGUAUGACAUACCGAGCAAUGCAAUUAUCCACAAAAUAUGUCUGACCCAUCCAAUAUCUUCAAUUGAUGUGUGGAGUGGGUACCUGCUCAUUGGGAGCUCUCUAGUUCAUGUGGUGGAGACAAGACAGAGUGGUAAGUGGAGGAGAACUGUGGUGGUGGACUUGGAGGAGCAAGAAUACAUACAGAACCCCAGCCAGCAUCUGGCUGUGUUCAACAAAACCACUGGCCAAUUUGUGACUGCCAGUAAAGCAAGGAACAGGUUAUUAUUUUGGCCUCAGCCCUCAGAUGAAAAUGACGGGCUAAUUACUGACCCAUUAGAGACACUGGAGUGCAGUGGAAAUGUACUAAUGGUAAAAUCAGCGAAAGACGCCCUAUUUGUGGUUCAUUGCCAGCAAUCUGAACUAUGUGCACUUGAUGUAUUCCAGUGGUCGAGUAAAAAUAGAACCUGCCUCAAAACUAUUCAUUUUGAAGGAACAGUGGGUGUAUCAGUUUCUGAAGAUGGAGAGUACCUGUAUCUGGUGGCUGAUGGUAAAGGAGUACAAGAGCUCAGUGUCAACACCAGAGAUGCUACCUCGAUCCUUAAUUCUGAUACAGAUGAGAUCACAUGCUUAGCAGAGUCUUGUCUCCCUGAAGCAGACCACUACUUCCUCAUGAUUGGCUUUGCCAGUGGAAAAGUGGAAAUACGAGACACCCAUUCGCAACAACAGCCUGUUGUACACUGUCUACUACCACAAGAGAGCUCAGGUGCUGUUGCCUCGGUAGCAUACAGAGAGGAAGAAAAUCUGAUUGCAGUUGCUACUGAGAGUGGAAGAAUGACUGUAUGGGGUGGUAAGAUAGCUACAUGCACUGCAAUGAAGCUGAAGUUGAUUAUUUCACUGAUCUAUUAUACUGCAGGAAGUGAAAAAAGGAUGGGGAAAGGGAAGACCCCACUAGAGCUCCUAGAAAUCUCAAAGUUCUCAAUCUACAUGCCAGCCUCGUUUUCAAGGUACUCCAUCCUGAGUGGUGCUUUCAGCUUUGUGGCCGACUCCCGCGGAGGGCUGUUUGUGAAUCGGCCCAGCUACUCCCUGAAGAUCCCAGGAGGAGCCAUUAGGGUGGGAAAGUCAGUCAGCAUCCAAACGGGAAUCAUCACAUGUGUCGGUAGCGACCGAUUCAAAGUUCCAGACAACUACCAUGUGGUUUCACCAGUGGUCUGGUUCUGUGGAGAUGGAGAGGAAGAAUUCCAGAAGCCACUAACUAUUGAGUUGCAACAUUGUGCACAGUAUGGCCGACGCCUGACUGUAUUGAAGGCAAAAUGCUCAGAUUCAUCAGAUGUGUUUGUGUUUGAGCCACAAGGAGAAGGAGCGCAACAAGUCAAUUACGCCACAUUCCAAACUAAGCAUUUUUGUGUCUUUUGCCUGGUAGCUGACAUUGAAAUAACUUCAGAAACCAGAGUGUGUGUAGUGCCGGUACAUGGACCAUACAUUGAACAGAGGAAAGAAGUCAUUUUCUGUGUCUGUUACUACCUUGGCACUUGCAUUAAAAGCAUUCACAGGCAAUACAAGAAGAAAGGAUAUCAUUGUACUGAUCCAAUUGACCUGUCAUCACUUAGAGCUGGUGAAGACAGUAUCGCAGUCUGCACAUCACGAGGAGUGGCACUAACGGGCAGCAAUGAAGUCCAACUUGCAAAACUAAACUUUCAGGGUAAGACUGUAAGCGAUCUUGCAAAAGAGCAAAAUCAUAAAACCUACCCACCAAGAGUUCACUACAACAUUGACGGUACUGGUGAUGAAAAGGUCGUGUUCACUAUUCAAGCAUCUGGAAGGAAACUAACAGACUAUGAAGUUGUACCCAAAGUCGUUGGCUCUGCAACAGCUGAUGAACCAAGCUGUGAGGGCCAGGCACCUAUGCAAGAAAGUGCUAGCAUGAACGGAUAUCCUCAAUGGAAGCCUGUGUACCACACAUUUUCAUCCAACUCCGGAUAACUUUGUUGUCAUUAUAGUAGCUAUGCUCUAACCCUACAUGUAUAGAUAAAAUAAUGUUAAACAUUCAUGGAACUAGUGAUGCUGGGUAGAUCAUUGGCAAUGGAAGGAGCUCUCUAGGCAUUAGUCUGCUGUCCAGACCCUUCACAGCACCCACAUAGACUAUAUAGGUAGACAUAAUGCAAGUAGGGAGGGAUGAAGGGAAAGGAUGAUGAGUGUGAAAGUGUGGGUCAUGUAUGGAAGUGUAAAGAAU